AACUUAUAAUUGAAUUACCAAAAUCGAACGAGUAGAAUGAGUGAAUAAGGAGCUUUAAUUUUGAUAUAUAGAAAUAAGGAAAAAGUCGGUGUUCUUAUUCAGUUACAAAUAGAGUAUACAUAUGUAGUCUUAUGUUUAGAAGAAGUUCAAGUUCAUGUUAUCUUUGUUGAUGUUCGUAAAUUGUUUCGUAAACGUGUUAUAUACCGUUCUUAUUAGUGAUUCUUUUGUAGCUACUUUCAUACAUUAAAUAGGUUAUUUGACAUAUGUCAGAUUUCUUAUUACCGAAUUAGUGAAUAAUUGGUGGAAUCAAGAAAGGGAUGAACCAAAUAAAGAGCGGUUUCAAGCAAUAAAAUUACAUGAAAAUGUGGUUGUAGUGAUGCGUUUAAAAGGGAAAAAUAAUACAAAAUCGUUUCAAAGCGUCUAUAAGGUGCUUUCGCGUAUAUGCCGAACUGCAGAUAAAGGACAACUUGAUAGUUUCAUGGCGGAUGGUGCAGUGCCACCAAUAAAGAAUGGCCAUAACUGUAAUAAUAUGGGUUUUGCAACACAACCAGUAAAACAAACUUCUGAUGUUUCUAAUACCGUUUAUGCUGUGGGGGAAUAUGCUCCAAAAGUUUUAAGGAAUUUAAAUACCCAAAGACUAAAAAAUCAGUUUAGUGAUGUAGGCCUGGUCGCUGGUGGAAGCAUUAUUAGAGCACACAGAUCGGUUUUGGCAGCAGGAAGUGCUUAUUUUAAUGCUAUGUUCACUGGUGGCUUGGUGGAAGAACAACAGGAAUUAGUAGAAAUUCAUUCAGUAUCAGCUAAUAUACUUUCCCUCUUGGUGGAUUUCAUUUACUCUGGGAAUGUUGAUAUUACCCAAGACAAUGUUCAAGAAUUAUUUGCAGCUGCUGAUAUGCUAGAACUAGAUGAAGUAGUGUUUGGUUGCAUUACUUACUUGAAACAGCAACUGCAUUAUACAAAUGCCCUUGGGAUUUAUAGAUUUGCAGAAGCUCAUAACAGAUUAGAUCUUUUGGAAACUGCCCUACGCUUUAUACAAGUCAAUUUUCCUCAAGUAUCUCAAGAGGAAGAAUUUUUGGAUCUGCCAAAAGAACAUCUUGUUCAUUUUCUCAGUAGUGAUUAUAUUCAUAUUGAUACUGAAUUCCAGGUCUUCCAAGCAGCAUAUAAUUGGAUUGUUCAUGAUAUACCAACAAGAAGAUGUUACGUAUUUGAGAUAUUAAGCCAUAUACGUUUACGGCUGUGUUCAUUAGCGAGAUUGGAACGAGUUAUUUUGGAAUGUAAAGACGCGAGUCUCAUCGUUGCGUUAAGAUCUAUUCAAAAGGAUUUAGUAUCAAAUAAAGGAUGUCUUGUGCCUCUUCACGCACAACCUAGACUUUGUGCUAAGAAAAACAUUUUAGUGAUUGGCGGAUUACGGCGUGAACAUUCAGCAGGUAGUUGGGGUAGAGCUGCUGAAAGUACUUAUGAAACAAUCGAAAAAUAUGAUAUAUUUACCGGUGAAUGGAGUAAGGUAACACCUAUUGGAAUAGGACGAAUAUUACCAGGGGUCGCAUUAUUAGAUGGUAAAGUUUACGUUGUUGGUGGAGAACUUGAAUCAUGUAUUAUUGCUAAUUGUGAAUGUUACGACCCACGUGAUAAUGUAUGGACUUCGAUUGCCUGUAUGGAAGAACCUAGGUGUGAAUUUGGACUUUGUGCCUUGGAUAAUAGCUUAUAUGCAUUUGGUGGUUGGGUGGGUGAAGAUAUUGGUGGAUCGAUAGAGAUAUAUGAUCCAAUAACUAAUUCUUGGACACUUGAUGGGCAACUUCCUAAACCGAGAUUCAGCAUGGGAGUAGUUGCUUAUGAAGGAUUAAUGUAUGUAGUCGGUGGUUGUACGCAUAAUAACAGGCAUAGUCAAGAUUUAAUGAGUUACAAUCCAGUAACAAGAGAAUGGACUCAUUUAGCUCCAAUGCUUACCGCACGUUCACAAAUGGGAAUUACUAUUCUUGAUGGAUAUAUUUACGUUGUCGGUGGUACUAAUAAAAAUCAAGAAGUUUUAACGGCCGUUGAACGAUAUUCCUUUGAAAAGAACAAAUGGAGUACCGUUGCACCUAUGAAUAUGGGUAGAUCAUACCCUGCAAUUGCGGCAGCCGAUAAUAGGCUUUAUGUUAUAGGAGGUGAACAGUGUCAGGAAAUCAAUUUUUUUCGGACGCAAAUUACAAUUUCUACAGUUGAAUGUUACGAUCCCCAUUCAAAUAAAUGGCAUGAAUGUGCUUCGUUGCCGACAAGUAGAGGUGAAGCAUCGGCAAUCGUUGCACCUUUUUGAUUGAAAUUUUUUUUCGAUCAUAUCACUUUAAUCACAUGCGUUUCCUUUUGAAUUUCAUAACGAUAUUUCAACAUCUAUUAAAAACUUCUUAAACGUAUAUAUGAUAUCGAGUGAGAAACAUGUUUUUUGACUAUCUUCGUUUAUGUCGUAUAUACAAACGUGCAAAAUCAAACAUACAUAAUCUUCGAUGUAUUUUUUUAUAGAUUACAAUUUUAACAGUUGUGACAGAAUUUUUCCUAACGAACAUAAGAUGCAACAGGAUUUGAAAAAAAAAAAAAAAAGAGAAAUGUUCCACUAUAAUACUACAGUGCUAUUUUCUGUACCCGCGAUAUUAAAUUACGUAUGCUGAUUUUCAAAAAAGAAUUUAUUAUAUAUAUUUAAUAAUGAAAGUAGCUGAAACUGACUUCCAUAUAUUUUAAAAAUUCCUUAGCGUAAUAAAAAUCUUAUUAAUUGUAGAAGUGACUGAGAGAGAGACAGCCUUCACAUUCUAUAGUCAUUUACCAAAGUUAUCAAGAAUACGAGAUAUGAUAUUCUAUUGUAAAUUUUAUCACACUACAACGAGAGAUAAACGGAGAAUAUAUUUCCAUGUAGUAUGUGUGAAAUGAAACGUUCUUAGUCCAAAAGAAUGCAAGUGAGAUAUAUUUAGUUUUCAUCAAAAAUUGUAUGUUACAGUUAGGCGUGCUUGAGAUAUUUAUCGAUUUUUUCUCUAUAAAUAAUAUUUUUCGCUAUAUUUCGUUACUUAUUCAUUUUUUACGGCAUAAGGAGAGAUAAAUACUUAAUACUUAAUGAUAAUAUGCUCUUAAUUAAUAUUUUAAACAAUUAUGGAGAGGUAUCUUAUAAAUUGCGAAGUCAUGUUUUAUAGA